AUGGCAGCCGUGGACUGCAUCAUUAAGCUGGGAGGCAGCGCAGUGACGCAGAAGGACCAGCUGGAGACGCUGAAGGCCGGCGCUUUGCAGAAAGCGGCCGCGCUCGUGGCGAAGGUCUCCGCGGCUGGAGCCCGGCGGUGCGUGGUUGUGCACGGCGCAGGCUCCUUUGGACAUUUCCAAGCAAAGCAAUAUGGUGUUGCCUGUGGGUCAUCGACCAGAUCAGCUGUGAGCCCCACUUUGAGAAGAGGGCUGUGUUUGACCAGGCUGUCUGUCACCAAGCUAAACCAUCUGGUGACAGAUCAGUUGGUCAGGAAUGGAGUUCCAGCAGUGGGCAUUUCGCCCUUUGGAACCUGGAAGACAGCAUUUAAAAAUAUCAGCCAGGCUGGUAUUGAUACAGUGAUGGAUGUUCUGGACUCUGGUUACGUCCCAGUAUUACAUGGUGACUGUGCACUGGACUCAGAACAGCACUGCUGCAUUUUAUCAGGAGAUACCAUAAUUGAGAUUCUUGCUCAGAAAUUGUCUCCUAGACGAGUUGUGUUUCUCACAGAUGUGAAUGGAGUUUACAGCUGUCCACCUGACACAUCAGGUGCUAGACUUGUGAAUUCCAUCACUGUUGGCCCUGAUGGAAAUAUGGAGCCACCGGUGCUCACGUCUGUGCUUCCACAUGAUACUACUGGAGGCGUGUCCUUGAAGUUACAAUCUGCUGUAAAUAUAGUUUCCCGGAGUUGUGGAGCCAUUCCAGUUCUGAUCUGCAAGUUGGACAGCGAAGCAGCUGAAAGGGCAUGUUUGACUGGGAAACUGGAGGAAGGGGAAGGAACACAGCUUUUCUUUAAGGACAUAUGA